UACCGCAUAGUAUUGUGUACAUAAAACACAAAGUUAUUUCUCUACGUGUUUCGUUGUAAAUUUAGGUGAAAUUCCUCGCGAUUCAUUUGAAACACGGAGGUGAAAGAGCCAAAAGAAGUUUCAAAACGUGAAUUUCAACUCGAAAAAUGUAACCAAUCACAUCACUCAUAUCGCGAAAUCAAAUACGUUAAGUGGGAAUGGGCUCGAAGAAAGUGGAUUUUUAAAUAAAAAUGACUUUAUUGAAAGGCAAAAAGACUGAAAGUGACAAAGGAAAUGUGAAAAAAAGCGUAAGGUUUGCGAAGGCCGCGACCCAUCAAAAGAUUCCGUUCGGGGAACGCUUUGUGAAUUUUUACCGCUUCUUGUGGAACCUCACUGCCACCGUGAAUAUAGUGCAACAUUCAGAAUUUGAAGACUUGGGUGAGCAGCUCCCGCGAUAUCGUCCUGACUCAAUCGCAUCUUUGCGGCGGCUAACAAGGUUCACAGAACCAGAGCUAAAGAGACUUUAUAGAGGGUUCAAAGCAGAAUGUCCAACCGGUGUCGUCCGAGAAGAAACCUUCAAACUUAUAUACUCCCAGUUCUUUCCACAAGGAGCUAAUACUGCUCAAUAUGCACAUUACGUAUUCAACACAUUGGACCAAGAUAGGAGUGGACUGCUCAGUUUUGAGGAAUUUGUUACUGGUUUAUCGGUGCUAUCGAGAGGAACAAUAGAAGAGAAGCUGCAGUGGACAUUUUCGCUUUAUGAUAUCAACGGAGAUGGGUAUAUAACGAAGGAGGAAAUGACUGAAAUAGUAACUGCAAUUUAUGAUCUUAUGGGCAAGAUCGUGGAACCAAUGAUAGACGACGAUGCCAUUCGAGAAAAAGUCGAAAGAUUGUUUCAAAAAAUGGACUUAAAUCGAGACGGGGUCCUCACACUUGACGAAUUCUUGGACUGCUGUUUACGCGACGAAGAUAUAAUUCGCUCAAUGGGAGUGUUUGACAGCAACUUCUGACGCCCUGCCUCAAGGCGCCCGAGACGCCGUGCAUGCUAAACCGUAAUAUUAAUAGGCCCGUUUUUUAUUUAUUGAUUACGAGUUCUAUAAAAUCUCAGGAAGUAAAGUCAACGUGUCGUAGUUAGUACCGAAUAUAGUGAAUUAAUGUAUUCCCUUAAUUUCGAUGUCGUAAUGAAUGUAAGUAGUUUUAUGAAAAUUAUAUUGAAAAAUAUUUUUGUAACAAUAAAGUAGAAUUAAUGUCGUGAAAUGUUCAUGUUUUCCAAAUAAAUUCUUCUUUCGAACUAUUCACUUUUAAUAUCUAGGAAAAAUUGUCUCUCGUAGUUUAUCAUUCUAUUAUAGGCCAUCUUUAAGAGAGCUUAUCAUAAGAAUCUUAACAUUACAUAUGAUAUUUAAAGAUGUCAAAACGCUUUUUGGAUUUCUACGACCAUGUAUUUAUUUCUUAUAUAGAUACUUCCCUCAUUACUGUUUCUAGCUUACCUCGCUCUUUUAAAUUAUUCCGGCCAUUUUUUCGUAGAUAAUAUGAAAUAAAGAUUUUUCUAUAUAUAUAUAUUGUAUUGUUAUAUGUCUACGAAUUGUCUUGUUUGGAGUAAAUAGUCUCACGCAUCGCACGUACAGCAACGUAUUAGCUUCCAAUAGUUCGGUGUAGUUCUGUCAAUAUCCGUAGCCUUGAAUUCGUAUCCUUUGGAUCACGCGAAAAUAAAUAAUUAUUGUGAUCGCUAUCGGAAGUUGCAGAGUAAUCACAAGCCCAUGACUUUAUUAUGUAAAUUUGAUUAAUAAUAAACUUGAAUUCAAAACGACAAAAAUCAUUUGUGUGUUAUAAAUUAGAAAUGAGGUAGGUGAUGCCAGAUAGGGUCAAGUUAUUUUAUUGUGAACGCACACACAAAUAACAUAACGAGAAUUUAAUUAAUGUAAUUAUGUAUUAAUAAGGACACUGUCAUUUCUCGUGUAUAAUCUGAAAUAAUUUGAACUCAAGAAAAAACAAUCGUUCAGCGCUCCCCAGGAGUAUUUUUAGUCAACAUGUAAUUAUCGUUAUACAUACCUUUGAAUAAAUUGUCUAUAGAAAUAUAAAAUUUACCAUCUACUCGUGCCCUAGGUAAUAAAUGGUGGAAUCUGCAAUUAUUGUAAAUACUCGGGUGUAAAUAUUUGAUCUAGACGUAAAUGUAUAUUUUCAUAGUGGGUGUUAAAAGGAACCAAAUAAAUAGAGAAACAUAAACAAUGUUAUAAAAUACUUAAAUAUAAACAUGUAAUUUUUAUGUAGUUAGGUGUGAGACAAGUAAUUGUGACCGAUAAAAACACUUCACCACCCACUCGGCUGAUUUGUAGAUAAUUAUCUUCAUUCCUAUAUCGCAGUUGGUACCAUCCUUCUAUUUUAUUCAGAUUUGUUUGUCACUUAUUCUAUAAAUAAACCUUCCGAUGGUCGAGCUUAAAAUAUCGUCUUCCCAAAGUAAACUACUUAUUUGCAAUCAAUGUAUCUGCAAAGAAAGCCCGUUCCUAGUUAUUUUGUUGCAUUAUGGUAUUUAUAUGACUAGAAUAAAAACAAGUCUUAUGAUAAAUUAAAAUAUAAAGUUGGUCCUAAGGAAUUAUGCUAUUUAAAAUUAUAGUCGUCUAUAGUUCAAAAGUAAUAAAUGUAAAUAGAAUAUGUACGUUGUAAUUCCAUACCUAUUAUUCGUGCCAAAAAACUAUUAAUUUUUGCGUGAAAAUAUGAUUUAAUAGUAAUUGUAAUAGCAAUUGUGAAAAAUGUUCGUUCAAAAUGGGAGUUCGUAUGGCCUAUUGUUCGUUAAUGUCCAAACACAUUAUUCGUAUAUUCCUAAUAGUUUAGUACUAAUCGCUUUAAGAACAUUGUCAUUGUAAUUAAUACAAAUUUUAUAAAAUAAUUUAGAAGAAACAUAUCACGACUAAAAUUGUUCUAAGUCUUACCGAACACAAGUAGCACGCUGAUGGAUUUGUAACAACGUCCUAUUCGUUAUUAAAAAAUAGACAUU